UUUUUUGCUGAGUUUACAUGUAUUCAUCAAAAGGUGAACUGUGGUAUACAAACAGAAAUAUACUAUACCAAGCAAACGUUAUACCUGGCUAUUUUUGUAUAUAAUUCUGCCAAAAUAAAUAUAGUCAAAGUCUGUGAAGACAAUUAGAAAGAGUUGUGGAGAAAAUGUAUGCCCUUUCAUCAGUUGAAAUUUGAAAACAAAAAUACAAAUUAAAUGUACCCUAUUAAAGGUAUUACAUUUGUGCAAUUCAAAUGGUCAUUGCUGGAAGGGAUGCAGCUAAUGUCAAAAUGUGCAUGUUACAGUGGCGUCAGGGAGAAUGCUAGCAAACCCUGGCCCAUUUCCUAACCUCAACCUAAUUCUCCUUACCUGGGACAUUAAUGACCUAAUCUGCUGUAAAUUCUCCUAACAUGCUACGAAAGAUCACUUCGGACAUUAGCUGCAUCCCGUCUAGCCAAAAACAAUACAAAUUGUACUUCUUGUAGAUCCCUCCAUAGACAGCUCGUUGGUCAAAUGUGAUUGGUCCAUAUGAACACUACAAUUCAGGAAGAAGGAAAUCAAUAGCCAAUGGGCAUUGGCACAACCGGCAGGAGCAAUCUAAAGCCUUUCUAUUAGAAAUACGUAACGUCAUAAAGGUAUACGGACAUGAGGCGUACUUGCGAAGCACUGUAAAGCUAUUUCCAUAUGGAAUAUAAACUCGGAAUACAAGUGUUUCUCCUAUUGUUUUGGAGAUCGGCUUUAGAUGCACUGGUGUCGGAGAAUGACGGAGGCUGGUCGUCAAAUUCAGAAUACAGUUUGACUGAUGAGGGUCCUUGCAACAUUGACAUCUGGGACAAAGCUUCGUUAUCACAUCGCCAGUUUAUCCAACAAUAUGCAUACUCCAAACCAGUCAUCCUUAAAGGUUUCUCUGACAAUACGAAAUUCCAGUUCUUGUGCUCCAAGUCGAGCCUGCUGCAGCAGUAUGGAGAGAGGAUGGUGAGGCUCAGUACUGCCAACACCUACUCUUACAGGAAAGUGGAUGUCCGGUUUGAGGAGUUUGUGGAUUUGCUGCUGAGGCCUCAGUCUGUGGACACACUGGGCAGUGACACUCUGUAUUUCUUUGGGGACAACAACUUCACGGAGUGGCACUCUCUGUUUGAGAACUACAAGGCACCACGCUACAUGCUGCCUCACACCACAGGGGCCUACAGCUUCGGGAUUGCAGGCCCGGGAACCGGUGUGCCCUUCCAUUGGCAUGGACCUGGCUACUCUGAGGUCAUCUAUGGCAGGAAGCGCUGGUUCCUGUACCCCCCGGACAAGGCGCCCCAUUUCCACCCCAACUACACCACCCUGUCCUGGGUCAAAGACACAUACCCUUACCUGCUUGAGGAGAAGCCCAUAGAGUGCACCAUCCGGCCAGGAGAGGUGCUGUAUUUCCCUGACCGCUGGUGGCACGCCACGCUCAAUCUGGACACCAGUGUCUUCAUAUCCACCUUCCUGGGCUGACCCCUGACCAAAGCCCUGUUUAGAAUACUUUCAACAUUCAUCAUUCCUUUUUCCCCUGAGGAAAUCAUAGAUUUAUUGCACAGUUCACACACACACAGUGGUUCCUGAUUAGUGAGGGGGAGCAGGAAGGAUGCACUUUUAAAAAGUAUCAUGUCAACUGAAAUGGCACCACACCACUCCUGUCAAUUGAAAACUGCCCAAAAAGUUAUCAAAAGCUGUAUUUCUGUUGUCGUCAUAACUACUAUGUAGAUCAGUGUUCCAUCUGUUCAGAGACAAAGAAACAAAGUGGUCAAAGACUAUUGGAACGUCUGCUGACCAAUAGGAGAUGAGUGUGGCUUGUUCUGACUGUAUUCCCUGGAAGUCACACACUGGUUUUCCAGCCGUUUCCACUUCUGGGACUUUUCCCAUCGGUUCCAUGGUACCGGGCCAACUAGGUCAAAUGCAGCUAAUAUAUUUGACAUUUAUUUAAAUAAAGUACUUGAAAAUAA